UUUGCUACCGUUAAUAUGUUUAUAACUUUUACAAAGUGUAGAAAAGCAUUAAGUAGCCUUAUAAUGAUGAUCGGAAUAGGUAGCACUUCAUUAGCCGCAUCUGCUUUGAUUAAUUUACCCUUGGAUAUGUCACCUGAUUUUGCAGGCCUUUUAACUGGCAUUAUGCACACAGUUGGAGCUCUUACUGGAUCUUUUUUACCUUUACUCAUGGGAUAUUUAGAGGAAUCUGAUGAAGGAAUCAAGUACUGGAACAAGGUAUUUAAUGCUCUAACUUUACUGAGUAUUGUUGCUUUGGUUUUAUUUCUUGCAUUUGGCUCAUGCGAGAUUCAACAUUGGGACAGCAAUUGCACUAUUCAUCCAUAUCAAGUGAAAAAUCUACGUGCGGAGAUGGUGGUACCAUUAAUUUAUAAAAAAAGUGGAGACUCAGAAAAAAUAAUAAUUCCUGAAAGCAAAAGAAAGGAUUUGUUGGGAACUAAAACUGUGGAUAAAUCUAAGCUUGCUGAUAUACUACAAUCCCAAUCCAUGAGGAGGACAACCGAAUCUAAACCGUUGAAGGACUAUUCAUCUGACGAUGAUACAUUAAUAUAGUGGAGAUAUAAUAGCAGAAAUAUAAGAGAUUCACAUAAAAAUGCAGCAAUUUUUUAAUUUUAACCCACUCUUAAGAAACUGGUUGAACUUUUUUCAACUCUUGGAGAUCGGCUGUUUAUUUAAACUAUGUGGUACUUACCAUUUAUAUGUAUUUUGUGAAUGUUCCCAGUGUAAGUUUUAAAAAAAGUAGCGUGCAGGAAAACUCAGCCUUGUCAAGAAAUUAUACUAAAUCGCUUAAUAUUUUCAACAAAAUAUUUUUUUUUUCAAAUUUAUUUAUACUAACGAAUUGAU